CCUUCCUUAUGGCUUCAACCUCAGACAUUCCAACGCGCUGCAACCCCACCUACACAUUGAAUUACCUGUAUUGACAUAUCCCCCAUUAUUCUGCUUCCCAUUUUCCCAAUCUACCCUAACCGUUAUGAGAAAGCCAGAGGGUUUCUUUCCUCUUCUUCUCAUUGUUCUGUCUGUGAGCUGAAGAGGCUAUCUAUAUAUAUCUAACCAAGCAAACAGAGACCUAUCAAGUAUCAAAGUCCUCACCUCUGUCUCUACUUCCAUCUGUUCGCCUGGUACUGAAGGUUCCUGAACUGGGUCUCUCUUUGCUGGUCAUACCACUUCAAGUGAAAUGCCGGGACUAGUCAUGUAUGAUUCAAUGGGAGAUUACAGAAUCGAUGAUUCUGGUGGAAAUCAGUCAUUCUACAAGGAGAACUCCACCCAACAAUUUUCUCCAAGAAGUCCACUGAGUCCACACACCCCUAGUCCUCAUAGUGAUUCCGAUGAUCUGGCCCUGGAUGGUGUGGUGGACACCUCGAUCGAGCAACUUUAUUACAAUGUAUGUGAGAUGCAGAGUUCCGAUCGGUCCCCCUCAGGGCCCAGUUUUCUGUCAUACGGAGAGGAGUCUCGGAUUGAUUCAGAGCUCUGCCAUCUUGUCGGUGAUUUCGGAGCAUUAGAAAUUAUGAAAGAGGUUGUGAUUGAGAAGAAAGAAGAGGGUGACCGAAGCAAUUCUAGUGGCGGUGACUCCACUCCAAUCAAUGGUAGUGAGUUCACCAAAAACCCGAAAGCAACGCCGAAGCAGAAAACACUGAAAUGCACGAUGAAGAGAACUGCUUCCAAGGGGAAACCUCCAAGAGGCAAGAUAAGUCAGAAAAGUACUAGAAAACCAAAUCCCACUUCCUCCGCGAAGAAGCAACGAGAUCCUACUAUAAUUGCAGCAAGAUCCCAACAAGGAGUCGGUGAUUCUACUGAUACAGGACUAGAGAACCUGGACCUUGGACCUUUCUUGCUGAAACAAGCAAAAGACAUGAUGUGUGCAGGAGAAAAUCCACAGAGAGCCCUGGAAGUGGCUCUUCGAGCUAUGAAAGUUUAUGAAAAAUGUUCAAAUGGCAAACCGAAUCUAGAUUUUGUCAUGUGCUUGCAUGUUUUGGCAGGAAUACACUGCAACUUAAGUCAGUUUAGUGAAGCAAUUCCCAUUCUUGAACGCUCAAUUGAAAUACCGGUAUUGGAGGAAGGCGAAAUACAUGCACUUGCAAAAUUCGCCGGGUGUAUGCAGUUGGGUGACACUUAUGUAAUGCUUGGACAGAUCGAGAACUCAAUCUUGUGUUACACUGCAGGUUUGGAGAUACAGAAGCAAGUUUUAGGUGAAACGGACCCACGAGUGGGCGAGACAUGUAGGUACCUGGCUGAGGCUCAUGUUCAGGCAUUACAGUUUGAUGAGGCUGAGAAACUUUGCCAAAUGGCUCUUGAUCUCCACAAGGAAAACGGGUCAUCUGCUGCUUCUCUUGAGGAAGCAGCCGACCGGAAACUCAUGGGACUAAUUUGUGAUUCAAAAGGAGAUUAUGAAUCUGCCCUUGAGCACUAUGUACUAGCAAGCAUGGCCAUGGCUGCCAAGGGCCAGGAAAUAGACGUGGCUCUGAUAGAUUGUGGCAUAGGAGAUGCAUAUUUAUCUUUGGCUCGGUAUGAUGAGGCGAUGUUUGCAUAUCAGAAGGCACUUACGGUGUUCAAGUCGACCAAGGGGGAGAAUCAUCCAUCAGUGGCUUCAGUCUUCGUCCGAUUAGCUGACUUGUACAACAAGAUAGGGAAGUUUAGGGAGUCCAAAUCUUAUUGCGAGAAUGCACUGAAAAUUUACGGGAAACCCAAUCCUGGGACACCCUUGGAUGAGAUAGCUAAUGGGUUGAUUGAUGUGUCUGCCAUCUAUCAAUCCAUGAAUGAAUUGGAGCGGGCGCUGAAGUUACUUAAGAAGGCUUUGAGAAUAUAUGAGAAUGCCCCAGGAAAGCAGAGUACAGUUGCAGGAAUAGAGGCCCAGAUGGGAGUCAUGUACUACAUGAUGGGGAACUAUUCUGAUUCCUACAACACUCUGAAGACAGCCAUUUCAAAGUUCCGUGCCAGUGGUGAUAAAAAAUCUGCUCUGUUUGGCAUUUCUGUGAACCAACUUGGCCUUGCCUGCGUCCAGCGUUAUGCCAUAAAUGAGGCUGCGGAAUUGUUCGAAGAAGCAAGAGAUAUUAUGGAGAAGGAAUACGGGCCUUAUCACCCAGAUACCUUAGGUGUAUACAGCAAUUUAGCCGGCACAUAUGACGCGAUGGGCAGGUCGGACGACGCAAUCGAGAUUUUGGAGUAUGUUGUCGGAAUGAGGGAGGAGAAACUUGGAACGGCAAACCCUGAUGUGGAAGAUGAAAGGCAGAGGUUAUCUGAGCUUCUGAAAGAAGCAGGCAAGGUCAGGAACAGAAAAUCCAGGCGAUUAGAAACCUUACUUGACACCAAUACCGACACCAUAAAAGAUGAACGAAUCAGAGUACUAUAACAAUCGAAUGUACCUAUAUAACCGUGGUGUAAUAUAUAGUUUAUGGAGGAUUAGGUGGACGGUUCCUUUGUUAGGUCCCUGCUGGCGAAAUUGGACGAAUAACAGCACAGCAGCAAACCGUCCUGGUUUUACUAGUGGAUAUUGGAUUUUAGUGUGCUUAAACAUUUCAUUCUUGCACUUGGAUGUUUGGGGAGCUGAGUAACGUUCUUGUCAUGGACUCAUUUCUAUUUGUAUAUGUGAAGUUUGGAUUGAAAA